AUGCACAGCGGAGGUUCGUCCUCCGGCAGGGUCUCCCAAGCUGACAAGGAGUUCGACACAUCCGACAUUCCGAUUUCUCGGAAUCGGAAGCCUAGCCAAGAGACGAUAUUGAUUCUGGACCAAGGCGAUAUACGCACGACUCGCCAUGGAGACUGUCUCAAACUGUGUACUUACAACGCGAGAACAGUUUCCACAGACGCUGACCUGCAUGCCCUUCUCGGAGCUGCAGAGCGUAUCAAAUUUUACGUGAUUGCUCUGCAGGAGACCAAGUGCAGAAGGAGCGACGUACGACAGAUGAAUGACGGUACACUCGUCAUUCGUGGAGAGAAGGUUCCGUCGCGAAAUGUAAGCGGUGUUGGUUUUGUUGUGCACCCAUCUGUGGUCCAUCUCGUCGAUUCUCACGAGAUCCUGUCACCUCGCCUGGCCAUUCUUUGCCUCCGCCCUCUGCGCCAAAAACCCAUCAGUAUCAUCAACUGCUACUCACCAACAUCAGCAGACGAUGAAUCCGAAUUGGAAGCGUUUUACGAGGAGCUGGAGGAAGUAGUCCGCAACGAGAAGCCCUUCUACAAAUUCGUUGUCGGAGACUUCAACGCAAAACUAGGAAAGGCCACAGAAGAGGAAUACAGGAUUGGAAGUUUUGGACUAGGGGACCGGAAUGAAAAUGGCAAUCGUCUCGCCGGGCUGUUGUCCGCCGCUCGCCUCUUUCAUGGGAACUCUCUUUUCAUGAAAAAAGAUCAUCGUCAGUGGACAUGGGAAUCGCCCAAUGGCGCGACUCGUGCGGAGAUCGACCACAUAUUCACCAACCGGAGCCUCACGAUGGAAAAGAACAUCUGCUAUCGGCAACGAAGGAGAAAAGAAGUCGUCUACGACGAUUGCGUACUCGAGGACUCCUUGUCCCAAGGUGACUGGCACAUCGAGGAGGACCCAAACGUGGACUACGAGAUGCUGCUCAGAGGAUUACGAGCCUGUGCUGAACGUGCCUCGAAGCCACGCACGACAAACUUGGAUCGAACUUCGAAGACCACCAAGGAAUUGUUGGAAAGAACAAAGGCUUUGAGGCUUGAUCCGAAUGCAUCGCACAUUGAGCGGCAGAAGAAGAUUCUGGAAGCAGCACAAAGAAGAACGAGUCUAAAGAAGUGCCGCAGGGAUCUCCGCGAAUAUAAUAUUCCGUUAGCAACCUUGCUGAGCGAAGACAGGACUCGCACGUCUUCUCAUCGUGAGAUGGAAAUGAUUACGGAGAGGUUCUACUCGAACCUUUUCCGUUCAUCAACACCUGUGUCAAGCCCAAUCAUCCCCACUGGCGAAGCUCGACCACGGAUUCUUCCUUCGGAAGUACGAGUCGCUAUCAAGAGCAUGAAACCUGGCACAACCCCCGGACCUGAUUUUAUAUCAGCAGACUUUCUUCGGGCUGGUGGCCAUCCGCUUCAUGUAAUCUUAGCAGCGCACAUGACAUCCUAUCUUCAGAAAGAAAGGAUUCCAGAACAGUGGAAGACCUCGCGAACCGUUCUUAUCCAUAAGAAAGGUGACCGAGAGGACCUUCGGAACUACCGUCCGAUAUGCUUGCUGAGCGUGUUAUACAAAGUAUUCACCAAGAUCAUCCUUACGCGCAUAUCUAGGACGCUGGAUGAAGCCCAGCCCCAAGAACAAGCUGGAUUCCGCCAGGGAUUCACCUGCUUGGACCACAUCCAAACCGUGUCGAGGGUCAUAGAGGUUUGCCGGGAUUACCGCCUGCCCCUUGUUCUAACCUUCGUCGAAUAUGAGAAAGGUUUUGACAGCGUAGAAACGAAUGCAAUACUGUCAGCGCUGGUCGAUCAAGGUGUGGACACGUCGUAUGUGAGGACAUUAGCCAAUUGCUACGAUCGAUGCACGACUAGGAUAGAGCUUUUCCACCGCCCUCUCACCAUACCCAUUGGAAAGGGGGUACGACAAGGCGAUACUAUAUCGCCUGUUCACGGCUGUAUUGCAAUGGAUAAUGAAAUCACUAUCCUGGGAAGAAAGGGGCAUACGUGUUGA